CUGUCAGACACUCGCCCAAUCACCAGCUCCCGAUCACUUCACCUUGACACUCGCCCAAUCACCAGCUCCCAAUCACUUCACCUUUAUUCCAGGGAGACGAUCGUUCAGGGUAAAAGGCCCAUCUCCUGCCGACGGCCCCAGGUGGUCUAGGCGGCUCACAAUACACAUUGUAUAUCCUGUAGGUGUGACUCUGUGGGGGGCAGGUAGGAGCCCCAUAAAGGCUGGCUGGAUGAGGCUGUUGGUCUCGUCAAGGUCUAGUCUCAGGCUGCAACAACUUUGGGGAAGUCCACAAAAAAGAAAUGGAAAACUUUGGAAGAACAGCACCUUUGAUAAAACACAUAGAGAGAAAAAGGAGCCAGGAGUAUACAGAAGAAACAUCAAGGGUAUCUUCUGAGGACGAAUCCCUUGCCUGGCACUCCCCAUGGAGAUCAUCAUCCUCCUCACCCGCCACAAGCACUGCCAACAUUGCUUUUCCAGAGGCUGCCACCGCCGCUGCCACCACCGCCACCGCCGCUGCCACCACCGCCGCCGCCAACGCUGCCGCCGCUGCCGCCGCUGCCGCCGCUGCUUCACUACAAGAACAUGCUGCUUGCUUAAAAAAGGAGGAAGGGCGCCAACAACAGCGCCAAGAGGAGCCCCAAGAAGAGCUCCAAGAGGAGCCCCAAGAGGAGCCCCAAGAAGAGACCCACGAAGAGCGCCAAAGCCAAUGCCGAAAUUGUGGACUUCCCAGGACCCUGUCGAAGGGGCAUGCCUUUUACAAAGGGCAUUUCUACUGCACACACACUGCAGGGCCUGGGGCAAAGUCUGCCAAUGAGUGGCUGAAGGAGCAGGAAGAAAAGGAAGCACCAAAAAUUCCCAGGACAACUGCCUUCACCAUGAGGAAAAAGUGGGAGAAUGAGCACAGUUUCAAACCUCCAGAAAACAGAAGGAAGCCGAAUAAACUUAGAAUCUGCCAGCUGUGUGGCCUGCCAAAGCACAAAGAUUAUGGCCACAGCCAGCACCAGUCUGAACACUUUUGUGCUUUUUACGCUGGCAAAUCUGUAGAGUUGUGGCUGGCAGAGAGGUGUAAGGAGUGACCCACCACAUAAAUACUGGUGUCACUCUGUGUGUGUGUGUGUGUGUGUUUAAAUAAUCAUGUUAAUUCAAAGUUUAUUUUAGCAUUCAUCGCUUGAAAGUCAAAUGUUAGUAGUAGUAGUAGUAGGAAAGAAGUGACCCUCCACCACAAUAUUGCUUGUGUCAUUAUGUUGUGUGUGUAAUAAAAAUAUGUUACUUCUAAGUUUUUUUGGUAAUUCUUAUUAUAACAAUACAAACAAUAAUAAUAAUAAUAAUAACAAUGAUGA